CCCUCUCUCCGCCCCUCCCUCUCACCGCAGUCCCGACAUGGCGGCGGCCAGUGCGGUGCGGGCGGCCGGGCGUCGCUCCCGGCGACUCUUCGACAUCUUCGUGGCUGAGAUUCCCUGGACGGUGUCGAGCAAGGAGCUGAAGGAGUACUUCUCCCAGUUCGGGUCGGUGCAGAGGUGCCAGCUGCCUUUCAACAGAGAUACAGGCUUUCACAGACGUUAUUGCUGGAUUAAAUUCUCAACUCCAGAAGAAGUUCAGAAUGUGUUACAGAAGGACUCCCACAUUCUUGAAGGUUCCAAGCUCACUCUCAAACAGCAGAUCCGUAGAAGACGCAGUCAAAGAGAGUCAAAGUGAAUGAGUGGUGGAAGGAGGCUUUAUUUCACUAAAUGUAAAGAAACUAAAAUAAAGAUUACUGAGAAACUA